AUUCCUCAUGCAGGAUUUUUACCAUUCCCAAACACACUCGCGUGAUAACCUCUAUUGACACGUGUACCAGAAUUAGAACAGAUUACAAAGAUAAACCACUCCCAACUGCAGACAGAGCAUACGCACUAGUCUCGUCCUAUACAGAGAACAGCUGGGAUGUUGCUGUUGCUGUUGGCCGCGAUCCUAGGGGUGACUUCCGCUGUCACUGAUAUCAAAAUCACCGGCCACUGGGAGGGAGGCUUCAAUGGUCAGUUCUGCAUCACGCUGACAGAAGAGUUGCAUGGUUGGAAGGCUCAUCUCGUGUUUGACCAUGAGGUCAAGUCACUACAAGUCAGUACGGCGGACAUCGUGGAGACGCGCGACAACAACAAAGAAUUCAUCCUCAAGAACAAGGACUGGAACAAGGAUGAACAGGCGGGACAACAACUGUGCGUCAACUUCAUGGGCACGACUGACGGCAACGUCGACAUGAGAGGCACCGUGUUCAUUGAGAACAUUCACGGAUCCGCGACAUCUUCGCCGACACAGCAGCCCCCGAUAACACAGCCGACGCAGCAGCCUGUUCAGACACAACAGCCAGUCACGUCCGGUCCGGUCACGUCCGCUCCGGUCACGUCUGCAGGCCAGACACAAGCACCCGUACAAACCGGAAGUAGCACCGCCAAGUACGACUACCGGAAAGCGCUGGGUCUCUCAAUUCUCUUUUACGACGCCCAACGAUCUGGCAAACUUCCGGCUAAUAACCCCAUCCCUUGGCGAGGUGAUUCCGCACUUGGAGACAAAGGAGAUAAUGGCGAGGACCUCACAGGCGGCUGGUAUGAUGCCGGCGACCACGUCAAGUUUAGCCUCCCCAUGUCGUCCUCCGCGUUCAUCCUGGCCUGGGGACUGUCUGUGUGGAAAGAUGGCUACACGGCCGCUGGUCAGCUUGACCAAAUGUACGACAUGUUGAGGUGGCCGCUGGACUACUUCCUCCGGUGCUGGAUCCCGUCCAAGGAGGAAUACUACAUACAGGUGGGAGACGGGGGCCCCGACCAUGCAUACUGGGGCAGACCGGAAGACAUGACCAUGGCUCGCCCUGCUUUCAAGCUAACGGCUAGUAAACCCGGAAGUGACGUAUCGGCUGAGACGGCUGCUGCCUUUGCUAUGGGGUCUGUCGUCUUUAAAGACAAAGACCCGGCAUUCUCCGCCAAGCUGCUAGAUGCUGCCAAAACUCUGUACGACUUCGCCAAGAAGUACCAGGGAAUCUACAGCAACAGCGUUAACCAGGCCGCCGGAUACUACAGGUCGAGUCAUUUCAAGGACGAACUGUGUACCGGAAGUGCCGUUCUGUACAAGGUGACUGGAGAGGCGAAGUAUUUGGCUGAUGCAAAGAGUUUUAACACAGAUGAAGUCCCAUGGGGGUAUUCCUGGGACGAUACGAAAAUUGGAUGUCAGCUGCUGUUGUUCGAAGUCACCAAGGACGCCAGCUACAGCAAGCAGGUGGAGGCCUUCAUGACAAGCUGGAUGGCAGGCGGUGCCGUCCCCUACAGCCCGUGUGGCUUGGCCGUCAGAGACAAGUGGGGAACGCUCAGAUACGCAACCAACACCGCUUUCAUCGCCCUGAUGGCCGCUCACGACGGCAUCAACUCUAAAGCAUACCAGCAAUGGGCUGAAGGGGAAAUCGACUACGUCCUCGGGGACAACCCCAAACACAUGAGCUACCAGAUCGGCUUCGGGAGCAGCUACCCUAGAAGCCCGCAUCACCGAGCCAGCUCAUGUCCCGACCGUCCGGCCAAAUGUGACUGGUCCGCCUUCAGUAGUUCCAGCCCCAACCCUCAACUCCUCAAGGGGGCAAUGGUCGGGGGUCCCGAUGCCACGGACUCCUACGUCGACAAACGGGACGACUACGUCAAGAACGAGGUCGCCUGUGACUACAACGCCGGCUUCCAGUCAUCGCUUGCAGCACUGGUUUCCCUGGAUGCGAGUAAAAUGCUCCCUCCCGCCCCCGCUGCCAAGUGUUAGACACGGAACAAGAAUCACGGUGUGGACAAGAAAAAAUAAAGUACAUAAAUAUG